AAAUUAUAAAAUUGGUGCACCAAUUACAAUACACCACAACUAUAUAGCCCUCUAUUUCUUCUCUUUCACUUUCUCUUUAUCCAUCAACAACUUCAGCCAAACCCUAAAAAUUUACUUUAACAAAUCCAUCCUUCGACUGUCAAUUCCUUCUAUUCUAUCUUUUCUUUGUUUUCUUGAGAAGAACGAACGAAAAUUCAAGAAGAAAUAUUGGAUUUUUUUGAAAAAAAAUUGGUUGAAAUGAUGGGGAGUAACAGAAGGGAAGAAGGGUCUGUGAUGGUGAAGAAUUCUAAUGUAUUUGCGGCGCUUGAUACUUUGAGGAAGAAGAAGAAAUCUGAUAAGGAGAAGACUAAAGGGUCGUCGAAGAAGGAACAGGAACCGGAAGUUCUAUGGACUCCGGCGCCGUUGACGGUGAAAUCUUGGGCAGAUGUUGAUGACGAAGAUGAUGACGAUUACUACGCCACUACUGUUCCUCUUCAGUCUUUUGUGGGUUCAAAUGAAUCUGAAAAAAAAACUGAACCUGUUGAGGAAACAGAAAGUGAGGACGACCUUCUUGAUGAAGAUGAAGAUGUGGAGGAUAAUGACCACGAAUCUGAGGUUCCAGAACAUGCUGAGCCAGUAGGCCAAAAGAUAGAAGCUUCACCAGUUCCGAAAGAAACUGAGAGACAACUAUCCAAGAAAGAGAGAAGGAAAAAGGAGCUUGCUGAAUUGGAGGCACUUUUAGCUGAUUUUGGGGUUGAACAAAAGGAGAAAGGUUCAGACGACUUACCUGAUGUUGCCCAUGAGAAGAAAGGGGGUGACCAGCAAGGAGAGGAUAUGGAAAAGAAAAGUGGUGCGACUUCGGAGCCUAAAAGUGCAAAGAAGAAGAAAAAGAAGGAUAAAGCAUCCAAGGAGAUGAAGGAAUCAGAGGAUCAGUCCAACAGUGUAGAUGCCACUAUUGGCCCCGAGGAAACUGGAGGAGCUGGGCAAGUAGAAAAUGCGUCAACAGUGGAUAUGAAGGAGAGGCUGAAAAGGGUGGCUUUGGCAAAGAAAAAGAAAUCCGGGAAAGAGACAGAUGCUGCUGCAAGAGCAGCCGCAAUAGAGGCUGCUGCACGGAGUUCCAAGCUUGCUGCAGCAAAGAAGAAAGAGAAGAGUCAUUACAACCAGCAGCCGAUGCGAUAAAUUAUACCACAGCUUGGAAUGAUCAGCGUCAAUGGUCCGAGUUCCAAACAGUUUGGUACACAAUCGUUUUUUUGCUGAUGUAGAAAAAGAUUUGGGCUCUAGAGUUGGUCUCUAGAGCACAUAAAAACAUGGACUAGUUCUUGGAGCUUAGAUUAAAAACUAAAGGGAAAAGUGUUACAAAAAAUAAGUGUCUGGCUGGACAAUUUUGCUGUAUGAGAAUUGUCUUUGGAGAUCUGGAGAGUAAGUUUGUGUAGAAGUAGCACAUUGAUGCUAGUGCCUAUUGAACUAGGGCUUUGGUGAAUGAAAUAGAAGUAGCAUUGCCUUUUUAUUGGAUGUGAGUGAACUUUGAUGAGAUGGUUUCAUAGAAUUUCAUUUGUUUGACGCUUGAUGAAUAUAAUUACUUGAUAUCUAUGUUGGUGAAAAGUGAUUGGUAUGUAAUAAUAUUGGAGCUGCAAAAAUAAAUUCUCAUGUUGAGAGUAGCUAUUAUUUACAUACUAUAUACCAAGGACAAACUCUCUAAAGGGGGCAUCAAUACUGCCAAGUUGAUAUCCAUGUGAUGGCUUUGGCUUGCUGUAUUUACCACACGUGACAAGAAAAGAACAUAAGAAUUUCUAUUAGAAGAGUAGAUUUAGGAAAUGGUGUCAUGUUGGUUGUUGGUCAAUAAAAUUAAAGUUGAGGGUUGGU